AAUACAACUCGGGUAGAAGUUAAUCUUUUCAUAACAAACAAUAUUAGUGUGUUCUUUCUUUCAAUCAAACAAUGGCCUAUCUUAAAUUUGCUUUGGCUGCCGUCUUUCUUGCAACAAUUUUCAUAUGCCCGAUGAAGAAGGUAGAAGCAUGUGCCGCAACAUGGUGUACUGUAGUUGAGACAACAGUAUGUGGCUCCGGAUGUGGUUGCCUCGCGUGGGGAAUAUUUGGUGGUAAUUGCGUACCACGAUCAUCUCUUACGAAGAUGGUCGAAGAACAUCCCAACUUAUGUCAAUCCCACAUAGAUUGCAUCAAGAAGGGAAAUGGGAGUUUCUGUGCUCGUUAUCCUAAUUCUGAUAUCGAACAUGGCUGGUGUUUUACCUCUAACGUUGAAGCCGAACGCUACUUCGAGAUUCUCAUUAAUCCUGCAACAAACAACUUCCUCAAGACUGUAUCUCACUCCAUUAAUGGAAAUGGAUUCUUGAAGAUGCCUGUAGAGAUUGCAUCUUAAUCUUGAUAUGUCUAUGAACCAUGCAUUAUAUCAUGAAUCUACAUGAUCCUAGCUACUUUUAAUAAACAAUGUCUGUUUCCAACUUGUCAGUUGGUGUUGUUAGAUAUCCAUUUGAAUUUCAAUAAAUGUAGCAUAUGCAUUGGUGUGUCUUUGUAAUAUAAUGUAAUGUUAUGAUUUUCAUUUCUCUUUCUAUAAUUCUUCCUAUAUAUUUACUUGCUUUAA